AUGCGUACCCGUUCGCAGAUGUUGUCGCCGGGUGGCCUUGUCUCCCUAGACGACAACAACGUUGCCCGUCGCACCAGAUCGACCAGAAGCAACUCGCAGCAGCCUGCCGCCACCGAAGAACAGCCUGCUCCUCGUCCUAAGACAACCCGCGCCACCAAGAAAACAACUUCCACGACUACUAAGAAGACUACCAACAAGACCCAGUCUCGAAAAACGACCACCGCCAAGCGCACAACGCGGCAGACUGCCCGCAAAACCAGUCAAUCAACGUCCGACGAGAACGAGCAAUCCCAAAUUAAGGAAUCCGAGAAUAUCGAGCCCACUGCAAUUCAAGCGGAAGCAAAACCAAGGGCUCCCUCGGAUAAUCCUAACAGCCAUACCACAGUCCCCUCCAAGGAGACAGGGCUAACUACCCAAGAAGACAGAAAGAGACGCCGCUCUACCAACGAAGACGACACCGACGCCGACAAUGAGGGAGGUCCCAUUACCCCUGCUGCAAACAAGCGACGCAACCUUGGUGUACCGGGUAACACACCGUACUCUUAUGCCACCCCCCUGCCUCGCCGAGUGACGGCCAACAUCACACCUUUUUCGGAAAGGAUUCGCCGUCGCAACGCCGAGAAUCAGGGCCGCAUCUACCGGACCAGUCUGCGCAUUUCGCAAUAUCUCGCCCAGGAGGAUGCUGACCGUCAAGCUUUUGAGACCCCGGCGUCGGGCACAGACUUCACUUUUACUGAACCUUUUCCCAGUUUCGAAGAUAACGAGCCGCACCAGGAACAAAAAACUCAGGAAUCAGCGCAGGAACCAACCACUCCAGAGCGGCCCGCGAGUCGCUGGGGACUCAGCGGGCUACUGUCCGUCCCUCGAAGUCUUUCCCGCUUGCUUCCGACUUUCGGACGGAGCCCUGAAAGAAAUGAAACUCAAGUGCCCGCAGAACCAGCAACCGAACCAGUCAAUCGCACACAGCCUAAGGCGCCCGUUCCUUCGACCAGCACGGCGUCUCCCACGCCUAAAAGCAAGGAGCCAGUCCUCGAGCGCCAGCGUGAUCUUUCCUUCUCCUUGUUCCCCCCUCCUCUUGACAAGUCCCGCUACCUUGAUGAUUUACGUAAACCUAACCCCAAGCCUUUGCAACCCCUCGCAUCCGCGGCCACGUCUGAAGCUCCUGAAUCAUCGGCCGAUACGUCGAAGCCCAAAGAUUCUGCCGAAUCCACUACCGAAGCCGGCGUGCUCAAAGGCAGCAAAGUUGUUUCAGAGGAGUCGAAUACCUCAACCCCAAAGCAGAAGAAGCGCAAGCGGGCCCCAUCCCCUGAUGUGAUCCCUAACCCUCCUGGUUGCAGCUAUGGAAUGUACGAGGAAUAUUUCGUGAUCUCUGAUAGCGACGAAGACAGCGACAACGAGGAUGAGCCUGCACGUCCACAAACCGAACCUAAACAACAGGACCCCAGAGGAAAGUCCGCCGUCCGCAGUGCCCUCCGCUCCGAGCGUCCAGCCACAAAGAAAGUGCGAUUCGAUGCGAGCCCUCAGGACACCCCAUCUAAGCUUAGAAUGAAGCCGCGUGCCACCGAUCCAUACACCGGACAACACUUCGUCGGCAUGAACUCACCUGGUGAAUCGAGCAACUCAUCCGCACCCGCGUCCCCAGCGCCCGCUUCCCAGGCCGAACAGCCCUCUGUUUAUCCGGACCCUAGGAGUCGUCCAGGAUUCGUUCCCAAUCGUGAUGGUACAUUCGAAACCCCCUAUUCUGACACAUCUUCCGAAGCCUCUGAUGACGAUGCUCCUGCAUCUGGCUUUGUCCCAAACCGUGAUGGUACUUUUGAGACUCCUUAUUCUGACACUUCCUCAGAAGCUUCAGACUCCGAAGAUCCUGCACCAGGCUUUCAGGCGCCUUUCCCUCCUUCUACCCCAGCCAAGGUUGAAGAUGUUGCUCUUGCUCGAGUCCGUUCACAAGCGGAAAAGUAUAAGCCCAAGACACCAAGUGGACUGCGCACUGCCAGCCGCUACUCGAGCCCCCUGACUAUUGCUACUCCUGACACCAUCCCUGCAUCUGUCACCCGCCCUGAGAGUGCAUCCGAGCCCGAAGAUUUCGGAGAUGACCAGUUUGCGCGCGAUGCUCAAUGGCUCUAUGAAAACUGCCCCACAGGAGAUCUCUCCGAGCUCGUCUGGCCGGAAGCCGAGAGUUACGUGGAUAUGGGCUUCAGUGCCGAGGCAGUUCGCAUCGCUAACGAAAUUUGGGAUCCUUCAGUGGUCGAUCAUGCCUACGAUAACAUCUGGACGCCUGGCUUGGAAGCCUUCAGGCGUGAAAUGGAAACCGGAUCUUUCCAGGCCGCACUGGCGUAA